AUUGAUUCAUUAGGGAGGGGUUGUGGACUUCUGGUUAGCUAAACACCUUAGUACCGAGCACACUGUAAUUUGCCAAAUUGGGGAUGAACAGUAAAAAGUGGGGUUGGCAGUGGCGUCACGGGGAAGAAGCUCGCAUCCUUUCUUCGGUAUCUACCUCCUUUGCGCCAUCAUAGCCUUCAAUGCGCCGGUGGCGGAACAACCCAUCCUACGCCCCCCAUUUCCCUCCCCAUUCCCAAGUAACCACCUCUCAUCUUCAAUCGGCUUCCUCAACUUCUCAGGGGCAGGGAUUUCCCGGAGAACCAUGUCCAGAGCUCGAGUCUACGCGGACGUCAACGUGCAUCGUCACAGGGAUUUCUCGGAUUAUGAAUCAUUCCAUGUGCAGUGGGGUGAUCAGCGGGACUACAAAGUGAUUCAGAAAGUUGGAAGAGGAAAAUACAGUGAUGUAUUUGAGGGAGUUAAUGUCAAUAGCAACGAAAAGUGCAUAAUUAAGGUUCUGAAGCCCGUUAAGAUGAAAAAGAUAAAGAGAGAGAUCAAGAUAUUGCAAAACCUUUAUGGUGGGCCAAAUAUCGUCAAACUUCUCAACACAGUCAGAGAUCAGCAUUCCAAUGUUCCAAGCUUGAUAUUUGAAUAUGUGAACAGUACGGAUUUCUCAGUGUUAAACCCCACAUUAACCCACUACGACAUAAGCUACUACAUGUAUGAGCUUCUCAAGGCAUUAGACUAUUGUCAUUCACAGGGAAUUAUGCACAGAGAUGUGAAGCCUCAAAAUGUUAUGAUAGACCAUGUGUUGCGAAAGCUUUGGCUGAUUGACUGGGGUCUUGCUGAAUUUUAUCACCCUGGAAAGGAGUAUAAUGUUCGCGUGGCUUCGAGGUAUUUUAAGGGUCCUGAACUUCUGGUUAACUUGCAAGACUAUGACUAUUCUUUGGAUAUGUGGAGCCUAGGCUGCAUGUUUGCAGGAAUGAUCUUCCACAAAGAACCUUUCUUUGGUGGACAUAAUAAUGAAGACCAGCUUGUCAAAAUUGCCAAGGUCCUUGGUGCAGACGGAUUGAAUGCAUACUUGCAAAAGUAUAAUAUAGAGCUUGAUCCUCAUCUUAUGACCAAGGUUGGGAGGGCAUUGAUUUACUUGACAAGCUUCUUCGUUAUGACCAUCAAGAUAGGCUGACUGCGAGAGAAGCUAUGGUAGUCCUAGUAUCCUACCCGCUUAUGCCUUGUGAACUCUGCUAAUUUCCCAUAAUUUUUGAAUUUCAUCUUAAAUAACAUCUUAGAACAUGGAUUUGUAUCGUUGUUAAUUAACACACAUAUUUUUCAACUCUGUAGUCCCACCCUUAUUUCUUGCAAGUGAGGGCUGAAUUGUGAGUUAUGAAGCUCAAUCAUCUGGUCUUCCCUUGGUCGGUCUGAAUUGUGAAAGACCAUUGGCAUGCUUCUAAUAAUUUGCUUCUACUGCCGUGUGAUAUUAUGAGUUACAACGCAUUAUUUGCAUGGGGAGCCAUGUGGGGCCGUAUGGACGCUUUUCUGGGCUGGACGUACCAGCAAGCGGCAAUGCCAGUCGGCUGCAAAAAAGAACUGAUCGCGCAAGCUGAGAAGUCCAAUAAAGUGCUUCACUUGGAAACUGAGAUUGGAAAUCGAUGAAAAGUCCAAUAAAAAAGUCUCACUUGGGAACUCAGAUCAUAAAUUUUAUUAAUGCUUAUUUCCUAGCUCUAGUUUUGGUAUGUAUUUCCUUUUUUUUUUCUUUUACUCCAGGAGGCGUCUAGGGGAGGGGGGCUGGGGGAGCCUGGAGUAAUCAGUGCUGAAACUCACUCCAUUGAGUUUCGAACCUGAGACCUCCAGUAAGGAAGAGUGAGUCCUUGACCAGAUGAGCUGGACCGCUUCCUCAAUUCUGUUGUGUUGUACAACAAUUUUUUCUUUUUAUGCUGAAGACUCUUGUCGUAGCUAUAAUGCUAUAUGAAGGUCUCUUAUAUUCAUAUUCUUAGUAUAUGGAGUAUGGAUUUGCACAUUUAUUGGGUUUUAACUAUUGAGUUG